GUCGAGAUAACCCGAGCUUUCGUCCUGAAAUCGUCACGGGACAAGUCGCGUCACGAACGAGUAACGAUGACCUUUCGCUCGUGUCGGGUGGUGGCACGGUGAGAAUCAACCGGUAACCGAGUUUCUACGCAAGACGCGAUAACGGAACGACACUCGGUGGUGAGACGCGUAUGCGGUAGUAUAGUAUCGGUGACAGAGGAGUUCGAAGGGGAGAGAAAGCGCUAGAAGAGGACCCCGACUGGAGACCCGGCUUCGUCGAGUACGUCGUCGAAGCGGAAGAGCUAGUGUCCAUUGUGCCAGUCAGCGGUGUAUCUCGACCAGCGCCAUCGUCAGAGCCAGCAUCGACAUGGAGGAUACGGAAACGGAAUAGUGUCGUUGAGAUGCCGUGAAGUAGUCCCGAGACAUGAAGAGAGCGCGACCGAGGGCCGCGUGGGUUUCUCUGAGUCGGGACCGGCGAUAGCAGAGCCGCGAUCAAAAUGAGUAUUCUGAACACGGAUUCGGAGAACCGCGUGGUCCUGAAUGUGGGCGGUAUCCGGCACGAGACGUACAAGACGACCCUGAAGAAGAUCCCCGCGACGAGGCUGUCGAAGUUGACCGAGGCCCUCGGCAACUACGACCCCAUACUAAACGAGUACUUCUUCGACAGGCAUCCGGGGGUCUUCGCCCAAGUGCUCAACUACUAUCGCACCGGGAAGCUCCACUAUCCGACCGACGUCUGUGGCCCGUUGUUCGAGGAGGAGCUCGACUUUUGGGGUCUCGACUCCAAUCAGGUGGAACCAUGUUGCUGGAUGACGUACACACAGCAUCGGGACACGCAGGAAACGCUGACAGUCCUCGACAGGUUGGACCUCGAUACCGAGAUGCCGACCGACGAGGAGCUGGCGAGGAAGUUUGGCUUCGAGGAGGCGUAUUACCGGGGUACUCUCACGAGGUGGCAGAAGAUCAAGCCCCGGAUGUGGUCGCUGUUCGAUGAACCGUACACCUCGUCGGCAGCCAAGGGGGUCAGCAUAAUGUCGGUGCUGUUCAUCUGCAUCUCGAUCGUGUCGUUCUGCCUGAAGACGCAUCCGGACAUGCGCGUGCCGGUGAUCGUGAACCGGUCGGUGAACACGGGCAACGGGAGCUCCUGGGUGGUGGACAAAACGCAUACGAACGCUCUCGACUUCUUUUUCUACAUCGAGUGCGUGUGCAACGCCUGGUUUACUCUCGAGUUCCUAAUACGGAUUACCGCGAGCCCGAAUCGCUGCGUGUUCAUCAAGAGCUCGGUGAACCUGAUCGACAUGGUCGCGACGCUGAGCUUCUACCUCGACCUGGCGCUACAACGUUUCGCCUCUCAUCUGGAGAACGCGGAUAUCCUCGAGUUCUUCAGCAUCAUACGUAUCAUGAGACUGUUCAAGCUGACCCGCCAUUCGUCCGGCCUGAAGAUCCUGAUCCAGACGUUCCGCGCCUCAGCCAAGGAAUUAGCCCUCCUCGUAUUCUUCCUCGUCCUCGGCAUCGUGAUCUUCGCCAGUCUGGUCUACUACGCGGAGCGCACCCAGUACAAUCCGCAGAACGACUUCAAGAGCAUACCACUGGGCCUGUGGUGGGCUCUGGUCACUAUGACCACCGUCGGUUACGGGGACAUGGUGCCUAAGACCUACGUAGGGAUGUUCGUCGGCGCACUGUGCGCCCUCGCCGGUGUACUCACGAUCGCCCUGCCUGUGCCCGUGAUCGUCAGCAACUUUGCGAUGUAUUACAGUCACACGCAGGCGCGAGCCAAGCUACCCAAGAAGAGACGCCGCGCGCUUCCUGUCGAGCAGCCGAGAGUCCGAACUCCGGGUGCACCGUUGGGAGCUGCCGGGGUAGUAGGCACCACGGGGCCACCGGGAUGCACCCAGCAGCACUUGCAGUCGGGUGGGCCCACUUCUGGGACCGGUGGCCUGGCUCCUGGCCUUGGACAGACGCCCGGGGUUGGAUGUCCAGGUGGCCAGGGGCCCCAGAACAGACGGAUGAACGCUAUCAAGACCAAUCAUCCCAAGGAUGUUUCGUUCGCCACGAAAGCAGAGGAGGACCGGAGGAACUCUAACCUGCGGACCAACGGGACCAAGACAGCCGGAGGUUUGGGUUAA